AUGGACGUUGAAGCAAUCAAUACAAAUCUCUUGAGGGCUGUCGAAAAGGGAAAUUGGUUUACAGUUCGGGAAGCCAUUCACGAGGUUCAAGCCUCAAAUGGGAUUCACGACUGGUCUUUUUUAUCGAAAAAUCUGGUGGAACGUGCGUGUGACAGAGGAGAUGAAGAGAUCAUGGGGCUCUUAGUCAGGAUGUGCUCCCAGGAGGACUUUACCGAUCUCUCAAAACGAACCACGAUACUACAUCGAGCUGUUCGAAGACGGGGUGGUAGAUACGGGAUUGUCAGAUUGUUGCUUGAUUCUGCGUUGUCUGAGCGGUCAGAGUCAGUGAAAGAAUAUGUCAAUAUUCAGGAUCACGAAGGGAAAACGGCACUUCACCACGUCGCUGUAAGUGGUGACUCUUACAUGCUUGAUAUUCUCUGUAAAGCAGGUGCAGAUGUCAAUAUCCGAGACGAAAGGAACCUGUUACCUGCACAUAUCGCUUGCAUAGCAGGCGAAUAUGAGAUGAUGCGACGGCUGUUUGGAAAAGAUCGAAUGAGUAUAACCCAAGUCAUGCAUCAUGAAGAGGUUGCUGGAUCGGCCCCUAUCCAUCUGGUCGCGGAGAGGAACUGUUGGAAAGAACUUGUCUAUCUCAUGGAUCUAUUUCAAAAAGAAAAUAUUCAGGCAAAAGACAUAAAUUACGAACUUGCAUGGUAUAAAGCAUGUAGAGGCACCAGUCGCUUGUAUUCGACACCUGCGUACAGUGGAAUGGCUCAAGGGUUUCCCAACAGUCUGGAAGCGGCUAUUGUACUCAUUUACAACGAAUACAGGCGUCCCCUGACCUACGAUCAACCCGAUUGGAAAGAAUACUCUUUUCCUGGAAUAACCUGCUAUUCCUUUCAAAUAAAUCAUGUCAGUGGAUACAAUAACUGCAAGAUAAUACAUAAGUACUGA